UUUCCUUUAAUCCAUCUGCUCUGCUCAGUGACUCUCCAAGCUCACACAUUUAUUCUCUCUCUUCUCUCUGUGUCUGUCUUUCUUUCUUUCCCUCGUGUUCCCAUUCCUGUUCUGUUUGUCUUUGGUCACUUUUUAGUUCUCGGUCUGUAUUUUUGUCUUUGUCAUGUCCAACAUACAUGCUCAUCUUACUCGGGCACAUAGUCUUGGUCACACAUGAUCUCAUAUCAUCUUCCUACAUCCUCUCUUCUCUCUGUGUUUUCCUGCUCAAUCUCUUGGAUUGUGGUGGCUGCUGCUCCUUUAUCAGAGCUACUGCACUCUGCAUUUACUCCCUGGUUGUGCUCACUGCGUCAGGAAUCAGCAGCAGACUGAGAGGCUCUGCUCAGUGACAGGCAUUACCCUGCGGUCCCAUUCAAAGAACACCGUCCCUGGCAGGCUGGCCACUGCCCCUCCCUCCUGCCUCCAUGUAUCCUGAAUCUACCACAGACUCCCCUGCUCGCCUCUCCCUCAGACAGACUGGCUCACCGGGCAUGAUCUACAGAAACCUUGGGAAGUCGGGCCUGCGGGUGUCCUGCCUUGGAUUAGGAACAUGGGUGACGUUUGGCGGACAGAUAACGGAUGAGAUGGCAGAGCAGCUGAUGACUAUGGCGUAUGAGAAUGGCAUCAAUCUGUUUGACACAGCAGAGGUCUACGCUGCUGGAAAGGCAGAGGUGGUGCUCGGAAACAUCAUAAAGAAAAAAGGAUGGAGACGUUCAACUCUGGUGAUAACAACAAAGAUCUUCUGGGGUGGAAAAGCUGAGACUGAAAGAGGUUUAUCCCGAAAACACAUUAUAGAAGGUUUAAAAGCCUCUCUAGAAAGACUGCAGUUAGACUAUGUGGACGUGGUGUUUGCAAAUAGACCGGACCCUAAUACACCCAUGGAAGAAACAGUUCGAGCAAUGACCCAUGUGAUAAAUCAAGGCAUGGCUAUGUACUGGGGAACAUCCCGCUGGAGUCCAAUGGAAAUAAUGGAAGCAUACUCUGUGGCACGACAGUUCAACCAGAUUCCUCCCAUUUGUGAGCAGGCUGAGUACCACAUGUUUCAGAGAGAGAAGGUGGAGGUGCAGCUUCCUGAACUCUUUCAUAAAAUAGGUGUGGGGGCCAUGACAUGGUCACCACUGGCCUGUGGGAUCAUCUCAGGGAAAUACGACGGCAGGGUGCCUCCCUACUCUCGGGCCUCCCUGAAGGGCUACCAGUGGUUGAAGGACAAGAUCUUGAGCGAGGAGGGCCGGCGUCAGCAGGCGAAGUUGAAAGAGCUGCAGGCAAUCGCGGAGCGGCUGGGCUGCACUCUGCCCCAACUCGCCAUCGCGUGGUGCCUACGGAACGAGGGGGUGAGCUCAGUCCUUCUAGGAGCGUCCAACACCGACCAGCUGAUGGAGAACAUAGGAGCGAUACAGGUUCUUCCAAAGUUGUCAUCCUCCAUCACACAUGAGGUGGACAGCAUCCUGGGGAACAAGCCGUUCAGUAAAAAGGACUACCGCUCUUAACAGGAAGCACAGCACAGCCCCGCCCGGCAGGGCUGCACCCGGGCUGCAGCAGCGCCCCACCUUUGCCUGAUCCUCUGUUUGCUUGAGCUUUUACUAAGGGAGACCCUGGCGCAUGAGUCUGGCCACACCAAGGCCACGCAGGGCACCUCACUUAGAGGGAUAAGAUAAGAAAAAAGGGGAAAAAAUACAGUCACCUCCACAGGAAUGAAAGGAUUGACAAAGAAAGACAAGUGGAUGAGGGAUAUGCGCUCAUACCUAAAUCAGUUAUACAUUCAAUUCAGCUGAACGUAUUUUAAAACCAUAGAGAAAAAUUACUUUUCAAAAAAAUUAAGCACAUGCUUGCUUGGCAGCCAGAAUUCUUUUUUGUUUGUUUGUUUUUCCAAAGACGAUUGCAACUAAAAGGAAGAUGAAGUUCAUACUGUAUGGAUAUACAAGAACUCCUCUGUUGCACAUGUACCAUUUGUUCCUGGGACGUUCUAUUGACAAACCGUGUCCAUCAAGGUUUCUCUGAAAGAAGAGCUGUGUGUUUGUGUUGUUGUUGUCGACAUGAUCAGUAUUGGAGCCUGUCUGUGGGCUUUAACAAUCAGCACUUUAGUAUGGUCAGUAUAGGGGCUGGAGGGGAGUUAAAGGAGGGGAGAGGAUGGGUAUUACAGUAGAUUUAUCACACAACCAUUGCACUAUAAGAUUUUGCAUCACCUCCUCAUAGUUCCCUCUCCUCAUCCCCCCCUCUGUGUUUUCACUGGCAGUGCAUUUGUCCAGCCUGAUGCUCUGACACUCCCGCUGUCGAGGAGCGGUGGUGAAGCCCUGCGUCCGACUGGGGCCAAUGGGAGGACGAGGGGUUAACAACUGCACUCUGCCCGAGAGGCUCCUCCUCCGUCCUGACCACUGAACUGUUCAUGAUAAGGAGUCAGGAGCGAGGCGGCUGUGUGCGGGCGACUGCCACUGAAAAGAUUAGCUAUUUAUUCACCCCGAACAGUAGGAACUGCAGUCAUCAUAAAUAAAAUGCAGUGUCCUGCUUCACUGUGUUACCCAACCUCUGCUCUGCUUUGUCCAGGCCGAGGACUUGCUGUACAGGAAGUGAUCUGAUCAUAUCAGUGCUGGCUCCACAUCUCAUGGAAACAUCUCCUUGAUCAAAUUCUGCUCAAAUAUUUUUGCCUUUUUUUUUACAGUCGCGUCAGACUGUGCUGUGGGCUUCGGUGUAGACGAGCAUCUUGACCAACUGGUCCCAUGUCCCCAGUAUUUAGGGCAACGCUGACUUGUAGAAGUUGCGUUAGUUUUCCAUGGCGUGGUCGUGUCUCCAGUUGAUCAGCGAGUGGCAGCAGCCGGUUGUUGUCGUCCGUGUCUGUGCACAUGUUCCGGGAGGUUGUAUUUCCUCGUGUGUCUUUCCUUCCUCUGUGGACACUGGGCAGGACCGGGGACAUGUUAGCGUUGGCUCAGCCAAAGAUCUUCUUCUUUUCUCUUUGAGUGUUUCCUUCUCACUUCCUGAAAGAUUAUAGAACUCAUCUUGACGCAUGUGCUGUCCAGUUUGUUAUCUAUCUAUCGUAUGGACUUAACUCCAUGUAUAUCUUUACUUGACCAUGCUGUUAUACUAGUUAAACAGGUCCUUCAUAUACAGAAUGCAUAGUACCGCUCAAGGCUUUAGGAUAGUAAGGUAUGUUUCAAGCGACGUACGACUUGAGACGUGUUAGACGUAUAACUGCAGAAUUGGAUGCCACCCUGUAUCAUUCUUUCUCCCCCGGGUGCUCUCUAACUGUGAUUAAAGCACAAGUGGAUAGCAUGGGAAACUUCCUCAAAGCAUGGACUCUCUUCACCUCGUCUACGAUAACCUGCGGGACCAGCCAGGUGAAGCUCCGCCCCUUACUAGCACGUGUAGAUAACCAAUCUUUACUAACAGCUGAAACUAUUGAUCCUUAGCAGGAAAAUACAGACGAAGAAAACUGUCAUCAGCGCGAAUGAUAUGAGUGAGAGGAGGAUGCUUCUCAGUUUAAGUGGAGGGAAUGAUCAAAGUGUGGGUGAUGAUUUACAGCCUCUGAUUUUUAACAAGAGCAAAGUGACUUCAUGUCUCUACUGUUGAUCGUGUGUGUGUGGGUGGGGGGGGGGGGGGGGAAACAAGUCCACGAAUCCCUUCCUACAGCCUGUUGUAUAAGUUAAUCCCUGUAAACGUGUGAUAUGUCUGAGUCUGUUUAACUGGCGUGAGCCGAUGCUGUUUUCUCUGAAGAGGAACAAAAAAAAAAGAACAUUUAGUUCAUUAGUCUGUGAAAUUCCUGUGUCUUAAUAUUAUCAUCUGCAGGGAGACGAGAGGAAGAUAGAGACUUUAGGGCAACGUUCCAUAUUAAGUGAAAUAUGCUUAUUUGAUUAAAAAGAAGAUUGAAGCUACUUUCUUGUCUGCCUCAUACACAUGAAGAUAAAGCAUGAAGCUGAUGAUAAGGCUAAAGAAAUGGUUCUGUCCAAAGCCGAACCAAACUGUUUCUGUUACAAGCACCUAGUGUGUUAUUUUUACAAUAAUUCUUUGAUAAUUAUGAAAUAACAAAUAUUCUUUGCCCAAAGUAGGGCACUUCAAUCAAACUGCACUAAAUUUCACACAUUCAUAGAAAUGUGUUCCCUUAAUUUGCUGAUGUAUUUGAUAAGAAUCAAUGAAUUUUUUCCUGGAAAAACUGUAAAAAAAAAACUGUAAAUGUGUAAUCUUGCUUCCAAACAAACAAAUGGACAGGUAAUUAUUUCAGUUCUGGCCAUUUCCCCAUCAAAGCUGCAAGGAGAACAAAUUCUGUACAGAUUAAAACAAAGCUGUAACUUUUUAAUUCAUUUAGUUUCCUUUGGACAGAACCAGCAAGUUUUAUUCUUUAUUAUCUUUAUUAUCUGGUAGCUAAGUGUUGGUUCAUAUCGAUCAGGCAGAAAACAACGUUAUCAAUCUUCUCCCUUGAGUCUGAAUUAAAAGACCAAUAAGCAAACUUCCCAAACUGUGGAACUUCUCCUUUGAAUAAUAUCGCUGUGCAUUGAGUUCAGACCAUCAGUGUUAUUUCAGGCUGACCUGCCCAGCAAAGCCCCCGCUGCUGUUUGCAGGUCGAUGCACGACACGGAGAUAACUGUUGAAGACACUGGAGUGAAGUUAGAGGACAUCAUGCUUUAAGUGGUCCUAGUUCAACAUUAUCAAAGACUAGUUCAGAAAUGAAGCCACAGCUGGAUAGAGCUUAUUUUACAGAAGGUCAAAGGUUAUACAGAGAAUAUAUUUUUUAUGUUUUUGCCUUUAAUGCAGUAGAGAUAAACUUAAAGAACAGUUUUUAUUUUUGUUUUCAUCAUGCUGCAUUUUUCCUAUAUCUGUAUUGUAUCGACUUUAGGACUGACAAAAAGAAGCAAUUUCUCUGUGUUGUGUAUGCAUUGUGAGAAAUGCUCUGAAGACGACGUGGUGAGCGCCUGGUAUCUCCUGUACAUAGUUUGACCUUUGUAUAUAUAUAUUUCUGGUUGUGAUCACCUUUGCCUUUUCUCUUUUAUUUUUUAUUUUGUUUUGCAGGCGUUGCUAUCUGCACUGUGCUUGAAUCUGAAAUUUAGACAGGAUGUACAGCUUCGAUCUUCAAUGAAAAUGAAAUAAUGAUAAAAUAAGAAUGAGAAACAA